CCAGUGCUUCUUUUAAGCUUUAGCUGCACGAAACUUCCUUUUUAUUAUUUUCUGGUUCGUUUUUUGGCCCUAGUUUAUUGGGGAUUGAAUUCUCUGCAUUUUUGUUCAAGCUCAAUCGAUCAAUCUCUACGCUAAGCAUCAUGGACUCGAUUUCUAGCGAUCUUAACGCUCCGCACUCAAUGGGGACCACCAUCAUCGGCGUCACCUACAACGGCGGCGUUGUUCUGGGGGCCGAUUCUCGCACCAGCACCGGAAUGUAUGUGGCGAAUAGGGCUUCUGAUAAGAUCACUCAGUUGACUGAUAAUGUGUACAUCUGCCGCUCUGGCUCGGCAGCAGAUUCCCAGAUUGUUUCAGAUUAUGUUCGCUACUAUCUCCAUCAACACACGAUUCAGCUUGGGCAGCCUUCGACUGUAAAAGUUGCUGCAAAUCUUGUUAGAUUAGUAGCUUACAACAACAAGAACAUGUUGCAAACUGGCAUGAUUGUUGGUGGAUGGGAUCAGUAUGAGGGAGGUAAAAUUUAUGGCAUACCUCUUGGAGGAACUGUCUUGGAGCUGCCUUUCACUAUUGGAGGGUCUGGCUCGUCAUAUUUAUAUGGUUUCUUCGACCAAGUAUGGAAGGAAGGGAUGACCCAAGAAGAAGCUGAGAAAUUAGUUGUGAAAGCAGUCUCUCUUGCCAUUGCUCGAGAUGGUGCCAGUGGCGGUGUUGUUCGAACUGUGACUAUCAACAAAGAUGGUGCGAGUAGGAAAUUUUACCCGGGAGAUACCCUACCUUUAUGGCAUGAAGAGAUGGAAGCACAUGAUUCGCUGCUCGAUAUUUUGUCAGCUGCCGCUCCUGAACCAAUGGUCACUUAAAUCAAAAGGGAGUGUCAUAUUUUCACUACUGGAUUUAUUAGUCUUACUCUUUGCUUCUCCCUGUAUUGGCCUUCACUGUGUUAUCAUUCUCCUUAUUUUCCCUAGUUGAAUCGAACUUUGACUUUCGAGUUUGACUUUUUUUUUAGUGGUUUAAUUACAAAAUUACU